AUGGCGGUUGGAAAGAACAAGAGACUCUCCAAGGGCAAGAAGGGCCUCAAGAAGAAGACGGUCGACCCCUUCUCCCGAAAGGACUGGUACUCAAUCAAGGCCCCUAACCCUUUCAACGUUCGAGAUGUCGGCAAGACCCUCGUGAACCGAACCACCGGUCUCAAGAACGCCAACGACGCUCUCAAGGGCCGUAUCCUCGAGGUCUCUCUGGCCGAUCUCCAGAAGGAUGAGGACCACUCCUUCCGCAAGGUCCGCCUCCGUGUCGACGAGGUCCAGGGCAAGAACUGCUUGACUGCUUUCCACGGUCUCGACUUCACCUCCGACAAGCUCCGAUCUCUUGUCCGCAAGUGGCAAACUCUGAUUGAGGCCAACGUCACUGUCAAGACUACCGACGACUACCUCAUCCGCCUCUUCGCCAUCGGUUUCACCAAGCGACGAGGAAACCAGGUCAAGAAGACCACAUACGCCGCCUCUUCUCAGAUCCGAGCCAUCCGACGCAAGAUGACCGACAUCAUCCAGCGUGAGGCUUCAAGCUGUACUCUCACCCAGCUUACCUCCAAGCUCAUUCCCGAGGUCAUUGGCCGCGAGAUUGAGAAGUCCACCCAGGGCAUCUACCCUCUCCAGAACGUCCACAUCCGAAAGGUCAAGCUUCUCAAGGCUCCCAAGUUCGAUCUUGGUGCCUUGAUGGCUCUGCACGGCGAGUCAGGUACCGACGACCAGGGCCAGAAGGUUGAGCGUGAGUUCAAGGAGCGUGUCCUUGAGGAGGUUUAA